AUGUCGGAGCAACUGCGAGAAGACAGCGCUUCAAUGCCUAUCACGGAUACAGAGUUACCAACCUCAACAUCAACAAUCAACGAACAGAUCAAAGAACUAAAGAAAAGAGAAGCUGACCUACAAAAAAGAAUUCAGCUUAAAGAACUGAAAGAUAAAGUAGCGCGGAUGGAAGCUGUCCUUGAAGGACAACCAACACGCAGCACUCCCGCCACCGAAGAGGAGAUAACACAACUAGACACAGACGCUGAAGCUGCUGAACCACGAGCACAGAGUACCACACCUCAAGGGAAGGAUAUCCACCCCAAGGACCUCCCAGAGUAUAAAGGAAAAUCAUUGCGCGAAUACACCGACUGGGUUGACUGCGCUGUAAAUGCGUUUCGCCUGGCCCCCAGGCGGUUCGCCCAGGAGGGCGUCCGAGUCGCCUGGGCCCAACAAUUUCUUACUCCCUCUUUAAAGACAACCUGGUCCGAUUAUAUCCGUACUAAGGAAGAAGAGAGCGACACCACAUGGAAGGAAUUUACCACAUUCCUUCUGGACAAACUCGAAGAUCCAGGAAACCGCGAGCUAAGCGUUCACAUGGCGCACGCGCGGGCAACCCAGAGGAAGGGACAAACAGUUGCUGACUUUGAAGCAUACCUUACCUCCCUCGAAGCUCAGAUGACCACUGCUUGGACAGAGAAAGAAAAGCGCAAUAACUUAAUUGCAAAACUGAGGGUAGACUUACAGCAUCAUUUAGCAAGCCUACCAACAAUACCCGAAACACGCAGCGGCGUCGUGACGUUACUUACGAGAUGGGAGAGAACCAAGAAGAGGUUGGAGACGGAAACAAUGAACGCAAGCUCCAAGCGGAAAUUCGGCGACAACGAUGCUCCAAUAAAACGCAGCCAAGGCGCUGAAGCGGCACAUCGGAAAUUCAAAGUUGAAGAUUCCGAGUCAGCGACCAAUAAGAAGAAAGAAACGAAGUUGCGGUGUUAUAAGUGCGAUAAAGUGGGGCACUUAGCGCGAGACUGCCGAAAACCAAAGGAGGACGCUACCAAUAAGGGAAAAGCGUCGGGGUCGCAUUAA